UUGUGUAGUAUUUUCCAAAAUAUUAACAUUAGAGAUGUCUAAACAAGUUCCAAUUAGCAGAGUCCUCACCCAAAAAUGACAAUCGUGAAAAUCCAUUUUGAGUUGCCGCGUCACCUCCUGUUCUCUUCCUUCAUAUCUUUUGUUUAAAGUUCCUAGGUCUUCAAAUCCUCUGUCUCUCUUUCUAGAAAUCUCUUUUGUCUCUCUCUAGAUUUCAGUAUCAGAAGAAACCAUGAAUAUCUUCAGGUUCGCCGGCGAUAUGACCCACUUGAUCAGUAUCGUGGUUCUUCUUCUCAAAAUUUAUGCUACAAAAUCAUGUUCCGGGAUUUCGCUUAAGACUCAGGAGCUCUACGCACUCGUGUUUCUGACUCGCUAUAUGGAUCUAUUUACGGAUUUUAUCUCCGUUUAUAACACAGUGAUGAAGCUCGUUUUCAUAGCUAGCUCUAUGGCUAUCGUCUGGUACAUGCGGGUGCACCCAAUGGUGAAGCGCACCUACGAUAAAGAGCUCGAUACGUUUCGCCAUUAUUUCCUCGUUGGGGGAUGCUUUGUUUUAGCCCUUAUUCUAAACGAGAAAUAUACAUUUCAAGAGGUAUUCUGGGCAUUUUCAAUAUACUUGGAGGCUCUUGCGAUUGUUCCCCAGUUGGUUUUGUUACAACGAAGUGGGAAUGUUGACAAUUUGACUGGGCAAUAUGUGUUCUUUCUAGGAGCCUACCGUGGCUUCUACAUCCUGAACUGGAUCUAUCGCUAUUUCACAGAGGCUCGUUUCAGUCGGUGGAUAGCCUGCGUCUCUGGUCUGAUUCAGACGGCUUUGUAUGCUGAUUUCUUCUACUACUAUUUCAUAAGCUGGAAAAACAAUGCCAGGCUUCAACUUCCGGCCUGAUCUAGAGAGGAAAUGAUUCUAGCCCAGGGUUACAUUUAAUUGAUAAUAUAAUACAAGGAAGAAAGGAAUACAGAACUCUCAAAAUCUCACUUGAUAUAGCAACCUCAACUUUGUACGUGAGAAAAAAAGAUUUAGGCUUUUCGGGUGUCUUUGCUAUCACAGUAUCCAGGCAUCUUCAAAUUUUUAGAUUAGAAAACCUAUGUUUAUUUGUGACGACAUGUGUUUGAUGUUGUAAUUCAAGUGCGAUCAUCAUCACUUUUCAAAAGCGUUGUUAGGAGGUUUUGGCUAACAAUACAGUUCAUCAAUUAGGGACACUGGAGUUUAUAUCUUACCUAUUAAAGUUAUAAGUUGUUUCAGUACAAUUUGAUUAACCAAAAUACAUUCUUCAAAAAAAAAAAAAAAAAAAAACCCAAGUACAAGUUGUGAGGACUUUUUUCUCAAACUCUUGUUACCCCCACAGACAUUACCUUUUUUUUUUUUUUUUGAGGGAAGACAUUACCAGUUUUGAUGUUGUGGAAUGUGGAAAUUUCUAAUGUUUGAAUGUGCA